ACGUCACAGUUUCUUUUUUAGCUUCUGGACUUUUAAAUUUUUUUUAGGAAUUACGUCACAGAGCAACGUUUAAUACCGGGCUGACGUCAUGUUAGCAUCAUAGCUAACGAGCUAACGUUCAAAGGUAUGCGAGUUUGUACAGAUGAAUUCAUACCUGUACAAACUUCAGCUUUAAGGGUAAAGGAAAACCCAAAGCUGUCCAAUCAGAGCACCUCAGAAAUAUCGCCUGCAUUCAGAUAACGUGGGUCAGCUUCAAGCAGAACAAGCCACACGGAACAGGUGUGAUGCAGAUGCCAUGUCCCUGCAGGCUGUGCUCCAACAGAGGAUUAGCUCCGCCCAGCAGCUGCUGCAGCGGGCGGAGACGCUGUGUCCGGGCGUCGAGGGUCACCAGAAGCUGUGUGGGAAGCUGCGAGCCGAGCUGCGCUUCCUGCGGCGGGUGGAGGCAGGAGAGGUGCACGUGAAGGAGUCUCACCUGCACAGCACCAACCUCACCCACCUGACAGCCAUCGUAGACUCUGCACAGAGUCUAGAUGACAUCACGGCCCUGCUGCACGUCUUCACCUACCAGGACUCUGCCGGGCGCCGCCGCACCCUGGUGGUUGACGUGGUCGCCAACGGGGGACACACCUGGGUGAAGGCAGUGGGCAGGAAGGCGGAGGCUCUUCACAACAUCUGGCAGGGGCGGGGCCAGUAUGGCGACAAGAGCAUCAUACGACAGGCCGAGGACUUCCUGCAGGCAAGCCACCAGCAGCCCGUACACUACCGCCACCCGCACGUCAUCUUCGCCUUCUACAACGGUGUCUCCAGCCCCAUGGCUGACCGCCUGCGGGACAUGGGCGUGUCCGUCCGCGGUGACAUCGUGGCUGUGAAUGCUGUGGUGAUCGAGGAGGAGGAGGAAGAGCAGCAGGAGGAGGAGGAACAAGCUGAGGAUGACGAGGCGGUGGACGAGGAGGAGGAGGACACGUCAGAGCUCACGCGGGUUGACCGCAGCACAGUGGUGGCCAGCCUGGAGUUCCCAGCACAAGUGCAUGUGGAAGAGUGCCGGCGGGUGAAUCUGGACAUCACGACGCUCAUCACGUAUGUGUCAUCGCUCAGCCACGGCCGGUGCCACUUCGCUUUCAGGGAACACGUGCUGACAGAGCAGGCUGCCCAGGAACGCCACCAGCAGGUGCUUCCGCAGCUCGACGCUUUUAUGGAGGGCAAGGAAUUGUUUGCCUGCCGUGCCGCCGUUCACGACUUCCAGGUCAUUCUGGACACGCUUGGCGGGCCCGGUGAGAAGGAGCGCGCUCAGAAGCUGCUGGCCCGCCUCCACGUGGUGGAUGACCAGCCGUCGGAGCGCACUCUGCACCUCACACCCAGUGCCAAGAUCAACCGCCGUUCACUUAUGAUCUUCGGCACCGGAGACUGGCUGAGGGCGGUUACCAUGACGGCAAACAGCCGCUUCGUCCGGGCGGCAUCCAAUCAGGGUGUCCGGUACAGCGUGUUCAUCCACCAGCCAAGAGCGCUGACCGAGGGCAAAGAGUGGAGGGCCACGCCCGUCUGAGGCCACGCCCACAGUUGACUGCGGCAGACGGUUUAAAUCAAUCAAGCUGAUCAGACGUCUGUGUCAAUAAAGCUUGGGUUUAAAUUUAAGUUUACAGUGUGGAGAAAAAAAGUUUUAGUUAAAAGGAAGGAGAGAAAAAUGGAAAUCUUGAGUUUGAGCCUUUGUGUGGUCACGUGCUGCUUAAAUUUCCUGUAUAUGUAUCUGCUCAAUAAAGUAUAUGUACUGAUCAA